CCUGAAGGCAGCAGCGGAGGGAGGCGGUGUUGCUGAGCUGACUGCUUGAACACAUUGAGCACACCCUGCCAGCGAGCCACACGCUCAGUGUUAACAGGCGCUAAAAUGUCGGGGAAGAGUUUUCGAGUGAGCGACGGGGACUGGAUUUGUCCCGAUAAAAAGUGUGGAAAUGUGAACUUUGCUAGAAGAACUAGUUGUAACAGAUGUGGCAGGGAGAAAACCACAGAAGCAAAGAUGAUGAAAGCAGGAGGAACAGAGAUUGGAAAAACCCUGGCUGAGAAGAGCAGAGGCCUCUUCAGUGCAAAUGAUUGGCAAUGCAAAACAUGUGGCAAUGUGAACUGGGCUAGACGGUCAGAGUGCAACAUGUGUAACACACCUAAAUAUGCCAAGCUUGAAGAGAGAACAGGUUACGGUGGAGGUUUCAAUGAAAGGGAAAAUGUAGAAUACAUUGAACGGGAGGAGUCUGAUGGCGAAUAUGAUGAGUUUGGUAGAAAAAAGAAAAAAUAUCGUGGGAAGACCAACAGCACAUCUUCCUCGAAAGAAAGUGAAAAGAAAGAAGUAGCAAAAGAUGAAGAUGACGAGGAGGAAGAAGAGGAGGAGGAUGAUGAAGAUGGUGACCUCUCCAAGUACAAACUAGAUGAUGAUGACGACGACGACGAAGAUGGAGACCUGUCAAAGUAUGACCUGAACGCCAGCGACGAAGACGACAAGCCAGCCAAGAAAAAGGGCAGCCGCUCGGGAUCCUCACGUUCCCGCUCGUCCUCGCGCUCCUCCAGCUCCAGUUCACGGUCGAGGUCCAGGUCCCGAUCUAGAAGCUCAUCCAGUUCCAGAUCUGGAUCUCGCUCGAGGUCCCACUCCAGAUCCAGCUCCAGGUCUGGAAAGGGCUCCUCUCCCCGGAAGAGGUCCCGCUCGCCCUCCUCCUCACCCGAGAGGAGACAGAAGCGCAGUCGCUCCAGGUCCUCAUCUGGAGGGAGAAAACGGAGGCGCUCUAGAUCACAUUCGUCCGAAAGGCGCCGUGGCCACUCCUCUGGAUCUUCCCAUUCUGGCUCCAGUUCAAAAAAGAAAUAACUUUAUAACAGCCUUUCAAACAAGAAAAGGAACCUUAGUACAAGUGCAUGUUGUGUUGCAAGGAAAACAACCACAUCCAUUGAGUAUGCUGUUCAUUUUCACAGAACCUCCAAAGUCUUAUUUCCCUUAAAAGAAAACAGCGGCAAGGUGACUUCUCUCUGUUGUUACCUAUCAUUACCUUUUUAAACCACAUACACCCUGAAUCUGUGAGAAGUGUGUAACUAUAGGUGUCCAAUAAACAUCAAUGUUUGGUCCUAUAAGAAAAUCAGAUAUACUGUGAAAAGGCUGUAUCCCAUUUAAAACCCAUUCUGCUUAAUAUCUUCACUGCAGCACACAUUAUUAUACUCAACUGUAAGGGAAAGGAAAUAUUUUUGAUGACUUUUUGGCCCUAGGAAACAUCUGAGAUUGUGCUUUAAAAAGUCUGUCCUUCAGUCUUUUCUUCUUAAAAAACAAUCUCAUCAUUCUUCAUUUUUAAAAAUAAAAGAUAAAGUACUUAAGCACCAAUUUAGAAUUCCAGAGAUGUAGCAAUGAAUUCUGGCCCAUUUGUUUUUAUUUUCUUUAUAAAUAUAUAUUUUUUCUUUUGUGUUUUCAAGGUAAGUAUUUUACUUUUGAUAUUGCUUGUUUUAAGUAAAUGGCAGUUGGUUCAACAUUGGUUAUGGUCUAAGUGUUUUUUUUUUCUUUACACAAUUGUGGCCUAAUUUACCAGUCAAAGUUAUUCCUUUUCAUUUUUCACUUGAGAAACUAAUCAGUCCAGUAAAUAGACAGUUUUGUGCUCCAGAUUAGUGCAACAACAUUAACAGUAACAAACAUGUCCCUGUCAUUACAGAUAUACAAACAUGUCAAUACAGUCUUUUUAUCGGUGAAACAACUCAAAUGUACACGUGUAAAUAAAAUCCUGUUGACAUUG